AUGGAAGAAGAAGAGGAGCCGGAGAUCUCACAUCCGUCCCAGCUCUGGGACGGCAAGCCACCGAAGCAGUUGACGUUGCGCUUGAUCAUGGAGCUGUCUCUGACCCCGGGAGAGCUGGGCGCCUACGACCAGAUGAGUGAGGAAGAAGCUUUGGAGCGGGUUCGAGUGCUGAAAUCGCUCCAUCUGCAGUGGCAGGGCUUCGCCGAAAUCUGCGGCCUGGAGCCCUUCGAGUGCGCGGAGGUUCUGUACCUUCAAGCAAACCGCAUCGAGCGCAUCGAGAACCUGGAGUGUAUGCCGAGGCUGCAGUUCCUCGCUCUGCAGUGCAACCGAAUUGCCGUCGUGGAGAACCUGCUCUGCCUGCCCGAUCUGGAGUUUCUGGACCUGUCGAGGAAUGAGAUCGUCCAGCUCGAUGUGAGGCAGCUCCCAAAGAAGAUCAACAUGCUGAACUUCCGGGGAAACGCCUGUGUGGAGGCUCCGGACUAUCUCCCAAGUCUCCUGGCGCACCUGCCUGACCUGAGCCGCCUGGACGGCGAGGAUCUGGAUGGGGCUGCCAACCCUGAGCCAGAAAAGAAGAUAGAGAUGGAGCCGCUUCCGUCGGGCUCCUCCGCCCUGGCCUCCUACUGGAUGCGGAAGAAUCUCCACGACGGCGUCGCGGCGGAUAUCAAGGACUGCAUUGAUGCAUACUCGGUGGAAGCCCUGGAGAAUUCCCAGGACUUCAGCCACAAGGUGCAAGAGGCCACUGCGCGAAGCCGAGCGCGACAAAAAGAGGCCAAAGGCUACAAGAGCAUCGAAAGCUCGUGA